AUGAUGAUCAAUUCACCACCAUUACAUUCAAAUUCUAAUAAACGACUUCGUUUUUCAUUGCCUCGUACUAAAAAUAAUGAUGAUUUAUUAAUAAGUUCGACAUCAGAAAAAUUCGAGGAUAUAAACAAUAAUCACUAUCAAGAAGAGAACAAUUCUAUUGAUUGUAAUAAUACAAUAAAACAAGAAAUUUCAGUAUCAGAUAAUAAUAAUAAUAUUGAAAACGAUACAACUUUAUUGACAACAACAACAACGACAACAACAACAACUGUUGAGUUUAAAGUUAAAACAACAAAAACAUCAUCGCGUAAACGUAAAUCAAAUAUUAUUAAUGAUACAAAUAAUGACAAUAUUACUAAAGAACAAGCAAUCUCGAAGAAAAAGAAAAAUAAACGUAUGAAAAAGUCCGACGAUGAAUUAUUUAAUAAUAGCAACAAAAAAUCAAAAUCAAAAUCAAAAACUACGGACCAAGCAUCAUCUACUGAUGAAUCCUCAUUUGGUUCGUGUGAGCCAGGUACAAAUGUUGUUUUACAAGGAAUUGUUUGGAAUGAAACUGAUAAAGGUGUGCUUGUAGUCAAUAUUACUUGGCGAGGUAAAACAUACGUAGGCGCAUUAAUGAAUACAACCGAACAAAAUUGGGCUCCACCUCGAUAUAAAUCUGAUGUUCGUCCGAUAAAGCAAAAUCCUAAUCGUGAUCAUCAAUUACCGUCAACGUACGAAUCAAGUGAACGUAUAUUACGCAAUGGUAAACGACGAGGUUCAGCUACAACAGUAAUCGGUAAUGCAACAACGAAAAUGAAUUCAUUUAAAAUGCCUGAUGUUCCUCCAACUAAAACUGAUAAUCAAAUAAAAAUAGAUGUAACAGAAGAUGAAAUUAAUUCUAUAUCGGACGAUAAAUCUCACGUGAAAAAUCUACCUAAUCCUGACGACGAAGUAGCUGAUAGUUAUUCUUCAAGUCGAAGCAUAAGUCCAACGACUAGUGGCACAAGUACAACAUCAUCAAGUCCAUUACUAUCAAAUAACAUUGAAAAUCAAUCAGCAUCGUUACCGAUGGAUUUAUCGAAUUCAAAAAUAAAUGUUAAUAUUGAACAAAAUACAUCGAACUCAAUGGUGGUGCAACCAUAUCAUUUCAGUAACGAUAUGUUAUUUCCCUUGUCAACAACAUCGGACUAUUUUUCUUCAUUAGAAAAUUCGACAAAUCCAUUAGGUUUACCUUCGUUUAAUAAAUUAUCUCCAACAACAUCAUCGCCUUCAUCUUAUCAUUCAAUUCCAGCACAAAUCUAUUUAAAUUCAUCAUCGACAUUAUGA